AGAGAAGCUGAAAUUCCACCGGAGCACAAAGAUGGUUCAGCGAAAGUGACAAUUACCCGGGGAAAGAGGCUGCACACAUUAAUCUCAACAGCUCAGCGUUUACUUCAGGUUUAUCUGUGUUGUUCAGUGCUAUUGAAGGAAGAAGGGUUUUUGCCGCCGUCCUGAAGUUAUUAUUAUUUCAGAUUUGUUCCUGUUAAUCCCUUGGACGAUCUACAAUGUAAAAUUCCUGAAGGCUAUGAUUUUUGAUUUCUCACAAACAAAACACCAAAAGGCAAAUAAAAAGAUGUUGCACUGCAAGACGCUAUGGCGGGCAUACAUUUUCCCUUUACUAUUGGUAUCCCUGAUCUCUUUAGUUAUUGCUGACUACUCCUCAGAAUGUGGGGAGAAUGAAUACUUUAACCAAACAACUGGGUCUUGCCAUGCCUGUCCUCAGUGUCACUCAGGUGAAGAACCUGUUUCGAACUGUGGAUAUGGAGUUAAGGAUGAUUCCUAUGGCUGCCAACCUUGCCAGAAUGGCAAAUUCUCAAAGGGUGUAUAUCAGAUCUGCAGAAGACACAAAGAUUGUGAGGGAUUCUUUCGGGCUACUGUCUUGACACCAGGCACUGUAGAGACCGAUGCAGAAUGUGGGCCUUGUAUCCCAGGUUACUACAUCCUAGACAAUAGAUCCAGAAACACCUACACAAAGGUUUGCCAUUCCUGUUUACUGGCACCUCCAAACACAAAAGAAUGUUUGGGCAUUACUUUGUCUUCAAGCUUUUCGAGCAGUAGCUCAGCUGUCACUGGAAAUUCUGCAGUUCUACAGGAAACUCACAAAGUAGAUCAUGCUGGGCAAGGACACCUUGGCACUGCUUUGAUAAUUGCCAUGUCCACCAUAUUCAUAAUGGCCAUAGCCAUUGUUUUAAUUGUUCUUUUCUACAUUUUAAAGACAAAGUCUUCUACUCAAGCUUGUUGCAGCAGCAAUUCUGUAAAAAAUAUUGAAGCUCAGAUCAAUACCCAAGAAGACAAGAAGGAAGUACAAGAAAAUGUUGUAAUAUUCUCCGAGAAAGAUGAAUUUGAUAACAAACUCAAUGCAGUUCCACCUAAGACUGAAAAAAAUGAAAAUGAUGCUUCGUCAGAAAAUGAGCAGCUUUUGAGUCGAAGUAUGGACAGUGAUGAGGAAGCUGCAUUAGACAAGCGGGGAAUGUCCGAUUUAUGCCUCUUAUCAUUGGUUCCUUUAACAAGAGAUAAAUCAGCAAACAACAAAGCAAGUGGGAUACAGACGCGGAGGGAGAAGAUACUUGAGCUAUGCAAGAAAGUGUGCAGUUACACAGAAGGGCUCAGCCCGACAGAACUACCUUUUGACUGUCUUGAGAAAACCAGCAGAAUGCUGAGCUCUACCUACAGCACGGAUAAAGCUAUUGUGAAAACAUGGCGUCAUCUGGCAGAGAGCUUUGGGCUGAAGAGGGAUGAAAUAGGUGGAAUGACAGAUGGAAUGCAACUCUUUGAUCGUAUAAGUACAGCAGGUUAUAGCAUCCCUGAACUGCUUACCAGACUUGUGCAUAUCGAAAGGAUGGAUGCUGUAGAAGCCUUGUGUAUGGAUGUUCUAGAGUGCACGCAAUGUGCACCAAUAGCUAAUCCUGUUAUCUUACCCAAAUGUGCAAAUGUGUAGUCAGCAUCGUGUAACAAAUACCAUGAAGUAUUGUUUGAGUCCAGAAUAUGUAAUUUGUCAGUGCUUACUAAGUGCUCUAAGACCAAUGAGGCAAAACAUAAUAGUGAAACUAUAGAAGGAGGCUCUGUACUCAUGCCUCUCAGUUUUAAUUCAGGAUCCUGACUGUUAUACUUUGUUGUAUCCUGUUCUCAGGAGACAUUAUGCUAAGGGACAAUGUUAACAACCAGCAGUAAUUUGAACUAGUUAGCUUUAGAAUACCAAAAUGGCAAACUUAUACCUAUUCAUUUUGUACUGCAAUAACCAUGAAACACAUGAAAAUUAAGCAGAAGCAUGCUGACAUACAAAUAUUAUCGAACUAUCAAACAUCCUGACCUGGUCCUAGAUUGUUUGCAGAUUAAGGGACAACUGAUAACUGGAAGGCUUUCAAAAGUGUGGUAACGAGAGUUCAAAGAUAUUAUGUUCCUAUUAGAGUGAAAGAUAAGGAUGCUCAGAUUACAGAACAAUGGACGAGUAAAAAUAUAGAGGCUCUAGUCAAAGAAUAAAAAAAUUAUUAGAUAUAAACAACUGUUCAAAUGAAUAUCUUGAAGAGUGAAAAGAGUGUAGGGCAUUCCUAAGGGUGAAAUCAGUUUUGCAAACCUAAGAGAUGGGAAAGAUACUAAAUGAAUAUUUCGCAUCAGUUUUUAGUGUGGAGAAAGAAAUGGGAGUUAGAGAACUAAGGGAAAUAAACACUGGUGUUUUGAAAACAGUUCACAUUACAGAAGAGGAAAUGCUGGAGGUCUUAGAAAACAUAAAGGUGUAUAAAUCUCGGAUCUGAUCUAGUGUAUUCCAGGACUUUGUGGGGCCCCUUGCAGAAAUAUUUGUAUCAUCUAUAACUACAGGUGAGGUGCCAAAUGACUGGAGUGGCUAAUGGUGUGGCUUUGUUUAAGAAGGGAUGUGAGGAGAAACCUGAAAACUACAGACCUGUGAGUCUGACUUCGGUGGUGGGUUAGUUGUUGGGAGUGAUUCUGAAAGAUAGGAUUUCUAUGCAUUUGGAGAGGUAAGGAAUGUUUAGGGAUAGUCAGCAUGUUUGUAUGCGAGUGAAAUCAUGUCUGACAAACUUGACUGAGUUUUUUUGAGCAAGUAACUAAGAAGACAGGGUUAGACAUUGUUUACUUGGACUUUAGUAAAGCCUUUGACAAGUUUCCACAUAGCAAUUAGUAAAGUUAGAUCCAUGGCACUCAGGGUGAGUUUUCCAGUUGGACACAAAAUUGGCUUAAUGGCUGGAGACAGAGAAAAAUGGUGGUGGAUAUUUUUUCAGACAGGAGGCCUGUUACCCAGAAGUGUUCCACAGGGAUCAGUGCUGGAUCUACUUUUGUUUGUCAUUUAUAUAAAUGAUUUAGAUGACAAUAUAGAAAGCAUGGUUAGUAAUUAUGUGGAUGACAUUAAAAUUAGUGGUGUAGUGACAGUGAAAAAAGUGCUGUAAAAUUACAAAGAGAUCUUGAUCAAUUGGGUUAAUGUGCUAAAGUGUGGCAAAAGGAGUUUCAUUUGGAUAAAUGCAAGGUAUUCCAUUUUGGUAAAACAAAUAAAGGUAAGACUUAUACAAUUAAAAGUAGGGUCUUGGACAGUGUUGUAGAACAGAGAGACUGAGGGGUUCAGGCACAUAAUUCUGUGAAAUUUGCAUCACAUAUAGACUGAGUAGUUAAGAAGACAUUUAGCAUGCUUGCCUUCAUUACUCAGACCUUUGAAUAUAGAAAUUGGAGACAUUAUGUUGAAGUUGUACAGGAGAUCAAUGAGGCCUCUUCUGGAAUACUGUAUCUAUUUCUGGUCUCUCUGUUACAGAAAAGAUAUUAUUAGGCUAGAGAGGGUUCAGAAGAGAUUUGCCAUUAUGUUGCUUGGAAUGGAGGGUUUGAGUUAGAAUGAGAGGCUGGAUAGGAUAGGACUUUUUUCACUGCAGUGUAGGAGGUUCAGAGGUGACCUUUAUGAAGGUUUAUAAAGUAAUGAGGGGUAUAUAUGAUAAUGAAAUGAUUCUUUGACUAUUCAUGGGCUACCCCUAAAGCAAACUGUUGUGCCUCCCCCAUUCCAUUAAAUUAAUGCAAUAGGAAGUCCAUAGAAAUACUGCAUGCUAGGUUUUAAUUUUUUUCCCUUAGUACUGAUGAAUACCAAAAUCACAGCAUUAACAUGGUGCUGCCCAUUGUGCCCACAACACCUCUGUUAUCUAGUCCACCUCCAUUACCUGGUGCCAAUCUCCUAAUUUAUCCCCAUAUUCCUGCACGCCAUUUCUACCCAAAUAACCACUCCAAACCCUCCUUGAAUGCCUCAAUUGAAUCUGCUUUUACAUUUCCAGGCAGGCUGUGUGAAGACAAAUUCUUACAUCACCCUUGCUUUGUUUGCAUAUCACUUUAAGUCUGCCCUCUCACUCUUGUCUCUGUUUCAUUCAUUUGUGGGAUGUAGGUGUUGCUAGCUGGGCCAGGAUUUAUUACCUGUCCCUAGUUGCCCUUGAGAAGGUGGUCAUUCUUUUACAAGGAGCAGCAGCAGCUUCUCCCUAUCUGCAUCAUACAAUACACUCAGCAUUUUGCAAACCUCUAUCAAGUUUCCUGUCAGCCUUCGUCCCUCCAAGAUGAACAGUCCUAACUUCAUCAAUGACUGAAGUUUCCCAUUCCUGGUAGCAUUCUUGUAAAUCAUUUCUGCACUCUCUCCAAUGCAUUCAUGUUUUUCCUUUAAUGUUGAUGCCCAUAACUUUAUAAAAUAUUCCAGCUGAACUCUAAUAAAUGUAUUACAUAUGUUCAACAUAAUCUCUUGACUCUUCCACACUAUGACCCUAUUAAUAAAAUUGAGAACACUGUAUACUUUAUGAACUGCACUCCCCACCUGACCUGCCACCGUCAGUGAUCUGUACACAUGUAUAUCCUCUGCUCCUGUAUUUCUUUUGAGUUAUACCCCUUAUUUUAUGCUGUUUUUUAAAUGUUCUUCUGACAAAAAUGCGUCACUGCACACAUCCCUGCAUCGAACCUCAUCUAUCAACUGUCCACCACUCACCACCCUUUUUGGAGUUCCACACUAUCUACCUAACAGUUUACAAUUCUUCAAAUUUCCAUGUCAUCUGCAAACUUAAGAUUUCCUCCUACACACCGUGAUCCAGAUCAUUAAUAUAUAUUGGGAAAAGCAAGGGUCCCAGUACUGACCCCUGGGUUCAGUACAAACCUUCCUGCAGCCCAAAAAAUAUUCAUUACCAUUACUUUGUUUCAUAGAAUAAUAAUCAAAUAGAAUAAAUAAUUAUAUUAAUUUCGUAUUUCAAGUAAGAGCAACAAACGUUAUAGGCAAGAAAGUGUGGUCAACGUGAUGACAGUUUGCAUCAGAUCAUUUGGGAAAGCACAAAUCUGGAGCAUUACUUUAUAAUAUUGAAGCUUUCUUAACAAAAUACAAUUAAAAGAAAAGUCAAAGUAAAAGAUUUCAUUUAAAACUACAAAUGUUGCUGUAAAGUUAGUGUCAAGCUCAGCAUGGUAGGGUUUGUCUUUUCAUCCAUCAAUUAUGUUUUGGACAUGCAAAUUGAAAAAUGUUGGAAAAUUCACAAAUAUUUUAGGAGGAUACAAAAUUUCAAUAUAUGGCAGCUGGCAAAACCUAUCAACAGAAGAGGCUAUCCAAGAAAUGUUCGGAGGGAAAACUAAUCAAAAAUUCAUAAGCAGUUGUCAAACUCAUAAAACUGGUUUUAUUUUUAAGAUAAAAUACAUUAAAAUACUAUUUCAAAGAACACGACAGGCAGGACAAAUCUAUUAUCAAUUAUUAAAGUGUAUAUUUGAAACCAAGGUUGCAAUUUCUUUUGUUUUUCCCCUGUCAUUACAUAGGGACCAAUCAGUAUUACACAUUUAAUUUUUCUUACAUUUUCCCAGUCCUUUUUAUCAGUAGAAAAUUCCAUAGAGAUGAAGUUUAUGUGCUGGUCUCUUGUAAACCACAUAAGUGGGGAAUACAUUCUGCAGACAUACUAAGUGUUUAUUUCAACGCGUUUU